AUGGACGUCAGACGCACCCCCACUCCCACUACUCUCACCCAGUACAUCAUCAAGAGCCAACCGCCGCACAGUCGUGGCGACUUCACGCUCUUGAUGAUGGCGAUUCAGACGUCGGUGAAGGUGAUUGAGAAGAACAUCCGACGUGCUGGCAUGAAGGGCAUGCUGGGCUACAUUGCUGGGCAGUCGGCGAACGCGACGGGCGACCAUCAGGCGAAGCUGGAUGUGAUCUCGAACAUAGCGUUCAAGGCGUACCUGCUGAGCUCCACCAGCGUGUGCGUGCUCGGCAGCGAGGAGGAAGAGCAGAUGAUCAUCGCCGAGAGCGGCCGCCGUGGCGACUACCUCAUCUUCUUCGACCCUCUUGACGGCAGCAGCAACAUUGAUGCCAACGUCUCCGUAGGCUCUAUCUGGGGCGUGUGGCGGCUGCCCAAGGACACCACCAUAAACAGCGUCGAAGACGCCAACGCCGUGAUCCGCAUGCUUAAGGGAACAGACAUGGUUUCUGCCGGGUACGCCGUGUACGGCAGUGCCACGAACCUCGUGCUGACGAGCGGACACGGCGUGGACGGCUUCACACUGGACCCCAACAUUGGCGAGUUCAUCCUGACACACCCGCACAUCAGCAUCCCGAAAAAGCGGAGCAUCUACAGCGUCAACGAGGGCAAUUACGGCAAGUGGGAGCCGUGGUUUAAGGAGUAUAUCGACUACCUCAAGAUGAACAAGACAACCCGCUACAGCGCGCGUUACAUCGGCUCCAUGGUCGGCGACAUCCACCGCACGCUCCUCUACGGCGGUAUAUUCUGUUACCCCAAGGACGCAAACCAGGUGGAGGGGAAGCUGCGCCUUCUGUACGAGGCCGCACCGAUGGCGAUGAUCGUGGAGCAGGCAGGCGGGAAGGCGGUGGGCAGCAACGGCCGUAUCCUGGAGCAGUCCAUCACUCGCCUUCAUCAGCGCACGCCGGUCUACUUCGGCAGCCGCCAGGAGGUGGACCUGUGCAUGGCCUUCCGCGACCGCAACGUGAAGACGGAGGCACUAGCACCGACUUCCAGCAAGCUCUAA